CACGUCACUUCCAUGCCAACAAUUAAAACGGACCAAAUCGUAGAACAUUGAUGGGUUUUGUUGACAUAUGAACGCCUAUUGUUCAUGUUACCAAAAGGGUAAUUUAAAGCGGAACAAUUUAUUGACGUCGUGUUUUCGACCGAGCACAUUUCACCGUCGUACUUGCAUGAGUAGAAUGAAAGCGACACAUUUCUUCAAGUUAUCUUCGAAACUUUAGUUAGAAUCAAUUUAACGCUGCUAUGACAGACAAGGCGGUAAAAAUGUUGCGCUUUCUUUUUUGUGUUUAUGUUUGUUUGCCGUUCGUGACCGCAACAGCAGCAGAAGAGGAAGAAGACGUGAUGGCGUUGAUCCCUGCGGGGGAAAUGGCGACCAGUGACGCAAAGUCAGUUGAAAUUGAGUCUUUUUUCUUGGACAAACAUCCUGUCACCAACUACGCUUUCAGACAAUUCGUGAGGGAGCGCAAGUACCAAACGGAAGCUGAGAAGUUUGGAUGGAGUUUCGUCUUCCAGGAUUUUGUUUCUGAGGACCUGAAGAGCAAAGUGACGCAGAGGAUUGAGUCUGCUCCGUGGUGGCUUCCUGUGGGACGAGCCUUUUGGCGACAGCCAGCAGGUCCUGGCUCUGGCAUCCGGGAGCUCCUGGACUUCCCGGUGGUUCACGUGAGCUGGAACGACGCUCAGGCGUUCUGCAGCUGGAAAGGCAAGCGGCUCCCGAGUGAAGAUGAGUGGGAGUGGGCAGCACGUGGGCGGCGGCAAGGGCGGACUUUCCCGUGGGGGAACAAGUUCCAGAGCAACAGGAGCAACCUGUGGCAGGGGUCCUUCCCAGACGGGGACACGGCGGAGGACGGCUAUCACGGCGUGUCGCCCGUCACCGCCUUCCCGCCUCAGAACGACUUUGGUCUCUCGGACAUGAUGGGCAACACGUGGGAGUGGACGUCCAGCGUCUUCCCCGCAGCGCAGCACAUGUUCGUGCUACGCGGCGCCUCCUGGAUCGACACGGCGGACGGCUCGGCCAAUCACAAGGCGACGCUCACCACCAGGAUGGGCAACACCCCUGACUCCGCCUCCGAUAACCUGGGCUUCAGGUGUGCCUCCGGUGGCGGGAAGAGGAAGCAGCGGGAGGAACUGUAGUGAGAGGAGGAUUGGGAUGAAGAUGAAGAUGACGAACAGGAAACUUGCUGACUCAGAAGAAACUGAGUGGCAGGAAGCGAAACAUCAAAAAGUUUCCACUGCGGUCUCUGGAACUCACAAGUGACUCACACUUUAUAGGUCGGAGGUCCAAACUCUUUUCAGCGAGAGCCGAGUUAAUACGUUGCAGAAUGCGGGGCCACUUUGAUACAUUGUGCACAUUAUAGACACGAGAAGCGGCACAUCAACACAUCUUAGCUUGGUCUUAUCACUCACAAAGUACACUUGAUGUCAUUUUGCCCUCAAUGAAGACAUUCAGGCAUAAAAACUAUUGGCCACUCAACCACACCAAAACAAUCACACUGUUCAGUAUCCUGGCCACUGAUUGGCCGGGCGUCGGGCAGCAUCGCCAACCUUUUGGGGCAAUUGUGCAACCUUUUGAGUACCGUAUUUUCCGCACUAUAAGGCGCACCUAAAAACCUCCAAUUUUCUCAAAAGCUGACAGUGCGCCUUAUAAUCCGGUGCGCCUUAUAUAUGGACCAAUUUUGAGCCACAACAGGUCUUGCAACUACGGGAUGCAUAAAGUAACCACAACCUCUACUGUAGCGUCUAUUGUAUGCGCCUUAUAAUGCGGAGCGACUUAUAUAUGAACAAUGUUUUAAAAUAGGCCAUUCAUUAAAGGUGCACCUUAUAAUCUGGUGCGCCUUAUAAUGCGGAAAAUACGGUAAUAUAACUUGGUACUUGACAUGUGCUAACUGCUAGCAUGCUAACUUUUUUGAAACCAUUUUGCAACCGAACACCUCAGUCACGUGACUUGGUUGCUGACGCAUGCUAACUGUUAGCAUGCUAACUUUUUUGAAGCAAUUUUGCAGCCGAACACCUCAGUCACGUGACUUGGUAGCUGACACAUGCUAACUGUUAGCAUGCAAACUUUUCUUUAGCCAAUUGUGCAGCCAAUCACCUGAGAGCCAUAUACGUAACUUGGUAUUUGACACGUCAGCUCAGUGUUUUUCAACCUUUUUUGAGCCAAUUAAGGCACAUUUUUUGCGUUGAAAAACUGCGGAGGCACACCACCAGCAGAAAUCAUUAAAAAACGAAACUCAGUUGACAGUAAAAAGUCGUCGCAAUUGUUGGAUAUGACUUUAAAGCAUAACCAAGCAUGCAUCACUAUAGCUCUUGUCUCAAAGUAGGUGUACUGUCACCACCUGUCACAUCACACCUUGACUUUUUUGCGGUUUUCCUGUGUGUAGUGUUUUAGUUCUUGUCUUGCGCUCCUAUUUUGGUGGCUUUUUCUCUUUUUUUUUGGUAUUUUCCUGCAGCAGUUUCAUGUAGUAGCUCCUUUGAAUUCCUUCUAAGUCUAUAACAAGAUCUGAUAGCUCAGUACAGCUCUUUUUAUUACCAAAUAUGUGUUAUGUGUUUUAUGUUGCACGAUUGCACCAAGAAAAAUUCCUAGUUUGUGAACCCGUUCUCAAACAAUGGCAAUAAAACUAAAACUAUUCUGAUUGAUAUUUCCCGCAUCUACUUUGUUUUAGCAAUCAAGAAUAUUUCAGUCGUUUUUAUCCUUCUUUGUGGGGACAUUG